UGAUAUUUUCCUCUGAACUCACGUGCUUCUUGUCGUUGCUGCCUGGUGGCCAAGCUUUCUAAAAGUAAAGGUAAAAGUAAUGUAGUAAGUAGAAGCGUAAAUAGUUCAAGAACUUCAAAAGAUGAAAUGUCGUAGGGCCGGGGAUGGUGCGCGACUUUCAUCCAACUCAUUCAUGAUGUACUCAUUUUCAAAUGGUCUAGCUUACAUGAUCAGCUUGAUGUCUUUUUCAUAUCGACAGCCAAUCUCUAAAGACUCUAACGUGAUUCGAUCCUCCAAAGAAGUAACGGAGCCCGUGGACCAGGAGCGUUUGCAAAGUGGCUCAGACAGUGAAGUGCACAAUUCUGGAAACGCUCGUCGCGCGGUAGACACCUCCUCUAACCGCCACAGCAGCCGCAGUGCUUUGGAGGAUGAAACCUGCCGUAACAAAUCGAAGAAGAGCAGGACUUCCAUCAGACAUCCAACUUCUCCUGAAAACAAAGAGAAAGUACCAGAAAGGGGCCCGUGUGUGCGCUCCGGAGACUGCGGAGAUGGGCUGUGCUGUGUCCGUGAUGGGAGAGGAAAAAGUUGUCAGCGGAUUCCGGUGGAAGGCGAGGCGUGUUUACUGCGAGGGCGUUCCAAGGUGCGCAGAAGAAGCCUAGAACGCUGCGACUGCGGACAUGGUUUGUCGUGUCGUGGGAAUGAAAACUCCAGAGGCCUAGGAGUCUGUCGACCUAAGCAGCGAAGGGAAGCCAGACACUCCAAGAGAUUGGCUGAGAAAAAGUGUGGAUGAACUUUGCGACUAAACUAUCCACAUUACUUUAGUUUGAGUAAAGUGGACCUUGCAUUAGUUUUGUGGAAACACGCAUCUGUCGCUUAAUGUUUCUUCAAAGGCUUUGGCAAUAAAUU